GAAAUGUGGGGACUUUAGGUGCUCAAAAUUUCUCGUCGUUUAGGUACUAUGGGGAAGAAAACCGUUUGCUCCGUUUGUCCCUAGCCGAGCUUGCAGCACAGAAUCGACAGGAUGCGUGGCCGGCAAGGCGAAAAAGCCGCGUCCGAGCCAUCAUUCCCUAAGGUGUCCACCCUGCCCCAUCGGAGAAAGUCAGGUGCAUGUGGUGACCAUUCUCAAAGGGAACUGCAGUUCCUGAGCGGACAUAUACAGCAGCUGUCAUCUUCUCGGAAGCAGGCGCUCAUGCUUGGAGACCUGCAGAGCACGAACUGCAGCAUGUGUGGUGAGCCCGGGAGACAGCAAGAGCCACAGGAGUCCUGGACUAAGGGCGCCUCCCACACAAGCAGAAAGACACCCGCUUUUCCUUUAUUUUUUUUAAUAAAUGUUUUUCCUUCUCCUUCUCCUCCUUAUAAUGUUCUUUAAUACAAUGGUUUACCUGA